GGGGGGGGUGCGGGCCGCGCUGGCCCCGGGACCGGCCCCCCGCCCUGCCCCCAGCCAAUGAGCGGGGCGGGAGCCGGCCCGGCGGCGCUAUAAGAGCCGGGGCCGCGGCUCCAGCCGGACUCGCCUCCUCGGGACCAGGGUUACGCUGCGCUGCGACCAUGUGCGGAAUCUUUGCUUAUCUGAACUACAGAGUACCUCGGACCCGGAAGGAGAUAUUUGAGACUCUGAUAAAAGGGCUACAGAGAUUAGAAUACAGAGGCUAUGACUCUGCAGGUGUUGCCAUUGAUGGAAAUAAUAAUGAAGAUAAAGAAAGGUACAUCAGACUAAUCAAGAAAAGAGGAAAAGUGAAGGCACUAGAUGAGGAGUUACACAAACAAGAUGGCAUGGACUUAAAGGCAGAUUUUGAAACACAUUUUGGAAUUGCUCACACUCGCUGGGCAACCCAUGGCGUGCCCAAUGCAGUGAAUAGUCACCCUCAGAGGUCGGAUAAAAGGAAUGAGUUUGUAGUUAUCCAUAAUGGAAUCAUCACAAACUAUAAGGACCUGAGGAAAUUUCUGGAAACCAAAGGCUAUGAGUUUGAAUCAGAAACUGACACUGAAACCAUCCCAAAGCUGGUCAAAUACAUGUAUGAUAACAGAGAGACUGAAGAUAUCAGCUUUUCAGCCUUGGUAGAGAGAGUUAUUCAACAACUGGAAGGUGCUUUCGCAUUGGUUUUCAAGAGCAUCCAUUACCCAGGUGAAGCUGUUGCCACCAGGCGAGGGAGUCCUCUACUCAUUGGAGUUCGCAGCAAAUACAAGCUUUCCACUGAACAGAUUCCUAUCUUGUAUAGGACAUGUAACAUUGAGAAUGUGAAGAACAUAUGCAAGACCCGAAUGAAAAGACUGGAUAGUUCUACCUGCCUUCAUGCUAUUGGAGAUAAAGCAGUAGAAUUUUUCUUUGCUUCUGAUGCGAGUGCUAUCAUUGAACACACCAACAGAGUAAUUUUCCUAGAAGAUGAUGACAUUGCAGCAGUGGCUGAUGGGAAACUUUCUAUCCAUCGGCUAAAACGUUCAGCUAGUGAUGACCCCUCUCGAGCUAUCCAGACCUUGCAGAUGGAAUUGCAGCAAAUCAUGAAAGGUAACUUCAGUGCAUUCAUGCAGAAGGAAAUCUUUGAACAACCAGAAUCUGUUGUCAAUACCAUGAGAGGCAGGAUGAAUUUUGAGACCAAAACAGUUCUGUUGGGUGGUCUGAAGGACCACUUGAAAGAAAUCAGAAGAUGCCGACGACUGAUCAUUAUUGGCUGUGGGACCAGCUAUCAUGCUGCAAUAGCUACCCGACAGAUGUUGGAAGAGUUGACAGAGUUGCCUGUGAUGGUGGAACUUGCUAGUGACUUUCUGGAUAGAAACACUCCUGUAUUCAGGGAUGAUGUGUGCUUUUUUAUAAGUCAGUCAGGAGAAACUGCAGAUACGCUUAUGGCCUUGCGGUAUUGUAAGGAUCGUGGGGCUCUGACGGUUGGCAUUACAAACACCGUGGGAAGCUCAAUAUCCAGGGAGACUGACUGUGGUGUGCAUAUCAAUGCAGGCCCUGAAAUAGGAGUGGCAAGCACAAAGGCUUACACCAGCCAGUUCAUCUCUCUUGUAAUGUUUGGCCUCAUGAUGUCCGAAGACAGAAUUUCUUUGCAGACUAGGAGACAGGAGAUCAUCAGUGGGCUGCAAACGUUACCUGAGAUGAUUAAAGAAGUCUUGUCCUUGGAUGAGAAGAUACAUGACUUGGCCCUUGAACUGUACAAACAGAGAUCGCUCUUGGUUAUGGGGCGUGGCUAUAACUAUGCCACUUGCCUGGAAGGAGCAUUGAAAAUCAAGGAGAUCACGUACAUGCACUCCGAAGGUAUCCUGGCUGGUGAAUUAAAGCAUGGACCACUGGCCCUUGUAGAUAAACAUAUGCCUGUUAUCAUGGUAAUUAUGAAGGAUCCCUGCUUCACCAAGUGCCAGAAUGCACUGCAACAGGUCAUUGCUCGACAGGGUCGCCCAAUUAUUCUGUCUUCUAGAGAAGAUACUGAAAGUUCAAAAUUUGCAUACAAAACUAUUGAGCUGCCCCACACAGUUGACUGUCUCCAAGGCGUCUUGAGUGUUAUUCCCCUACAGCUGCUUUCAUUCCACCUGGCUGUUCUUAGAGGAUAUGAUGUGGACUUUCCAAGAAAUCUGGCCAAAUCUGUGACUGUGGAAUAAACAACCCACAAUAAUGUGAUAUAUAUAUUUUUUUCCCCCACCAAAGUUCUAAAUUUUACUCCUGUUUUUAAUUGAUGGUUACAUGACGUUAAGUGGAAUGAUACCAUUAACUGGAAAGUUUUGGGGACCGUUUUUAACUUGUUUUAAAAGCUUUUGAUGUGCCUUGUACCCAAGUGCUUUUGCUUAUGGCAAAUGUUGUUCCGCUAAAUCCUAAAAAUUGCCAAAGAGGAGAAAUCAUUGUUUACACAGGUAUAAUGAAUGGACUUUUUUUACUACUGUGCAAUAUAUAUAAUAUAUACAGCUCUGGUCAGAGUAACUGUGAACAUUUUUGGCCAACACUACUUAACUAGUUUUAAAGACAAAGUAUUUAUAAGUACAAUUGUAUAGCUUUUUAAAUUAUUUGUUUUUAGUAUGUUGCUUAUCUGUAGCAUUGAUAAUGCCCAGAAUAUAAAUUCUGAGCAUGUAACAUUUAUUUGUGUACAGAGUCACUUUUUAAAAUUUUUAUCUUUGAACUGGAAAUCUGUGGCCUUUGAGGGUUUCCCUUCCUCACCCUUUUUUUCCUCCUCGCUUUUCUGGAUGCUUUCCACUGCACCUAAUAUUUCUUUGUUAAUCAUCUUUUUCCCCACCCCUCUUCUGUGGCUGAAA